CUCUCUCUCUCUCUCUCCAGUCGGGGCUGUAACACACAAUACUGGCAGUCGCCGCCGCAACGAAUGGAGGCGAACGGGUGGAGGAGACAUCACCGAGGAAUUUGUCCGCUGUCCAGAUAGCUUUCACUCGAACAGAGGGCGGAUUUAAAAACCGAGAACACUUCAGCGAAGAGAAGAAACGAAACGAUAUAUAUAUAUUUUUUAAAAGAAAGUCGAGCCGCUUCCCUUUUUUCUCUCCUCCCCUCCUCUCUGGUGAACACAUCGAUCGCCUGUCAUUUAAAAAAAAAAGGGCGUGUGUGUGUGUAUGUGUGUGUGCGGGGCAGUUUUUAACCGUUUCAUGUAGGUAUAUAUGGUGUUUUAGAUAUAUAUAUUUUUUUAUACACACACAUAUAUAUAUAUACUCCAUCUGGGUGUGAAGGACACGGUCGAAAGAUGGGCUGCACGCUGAGCACGGAGGACAAGGCGGCGGUGGAGCGCAGUAAAAUGAUCGACAGGAAUCUGCGGGACGACGGGGAGAAGGCAGCCCGGGAGGUCAAGCUGCUGCUGCUGGGUGCUGGUGAAUCGGGGAAAAGCACGAUCGUGAAGCAGAUGAAGAUCAUCCACGAAGCCGGCUACUCAGAAGAGGAAUGUAAGCAGUACAAGGCUGUGGUCUACAGCAACACCAUCCAGUCCAUCAUCGCCAUCAUCAGAGCCAUGGGGCGCCUCAAGAUCGACUUCGGCGACGCCGCAAGAGCUGACGAUGCGCGGCAGCUGUUUGUGCUGGCGGGCUCGGCAGAGGAAGGCUUCAUGACGGGGGAGCUGGCUGGUGUCAUUAAGCGGCUGUGGAAGGACGGAGGUGUUCAAGCUUGCUUCAGCCGUUCCCGUGAAUAUCAGCUCAACGACUCGGCAGCAUACUACUUGAACGAUUUGGACAGGAUAUCCCAGGCCACCUACAUCCCGACUCAGCAGGAUGUCCUGAGGACCCGAGUCAAGACCACAGGCAUUGUGGAGACGCACUUCACAUUCAAGGACCUGCACUUCAAAAUGUUUGAUGUCGGUGGUCAGCGGUCUGAGAGGAAGAAGUGGAUCCAUUGCUUCGAGGGUGUGACCGCCAUCAUCUUCUGCGUGGCCCUCAGCGACUAUGACCUGGUGCUGGCCGAGGACGAGGAGAUGAACCGAAUGCACGAGAGCAUGAAGCUGUUCGACAGCAUCUGCAACAACAAGUGGUUCACAGACACCUCCAUCAUCCUCUUCCUCAAUAAGAAGGAUCUGUUUGAGGAGAAGAUCAAGAAGAGUCCUCUCACCAUCUGCUACCCAGAAUACGCCGGCUCCAACACGUACGAGGAAGCAGCUGCCUACAUUCAGUGUCAGUUCGAGGACCUGAACAAAAGGAAGGACACCAAGGAGAUUUACACCCACUUCACCUGCGCCACGGACACCAAGAAUGUGCAGUUUGUGUUCGACGCCGUCACCGACGUCAUCAUCAAGAACAACCUGAAAGACUGUGGCCUGUUCUGAGGGGGAACGGCAUGAAGACGACGAGCUUUUUUUUUCUUGGCAGUGGAGCCAGUUUUAUUGUGCAUCUUUGGUGGGGAAGAUGAGAAGAGUCGGGAGGAUCAGUCACGGACCAGUGCUGUACUAUAUGCCACUUUUAAACAGCUUUAUUUAUGUUUUUGUCUUGGAACAUUUUGAACUAGCGUUGCAGCAUUUGUGUAGGAUGUUUGUAUCAUUGUAAAAAAAAAAAGCCUCACCGCAAAACUUUUCCGCACAUUGUUUUUUUAAUUUCAUUUUAAAAUUUACUUUCCAUUUUUUUUGUUUUUAAUUUCCGAGGAGAUCACGUUCUUUGCUGUUCCUUCUGCCGCUGUCUCUGGAAAAGGAAACUUUGCUGUUGGUGGAAAUGUUUCUUUUCUUCCUUCCCGACCAACCAAAAAAAACAACAACAAAAAAAAAACAAUAGGGGAAGAAAAGGGGGUGGUACAACUUUUGAGUCCAGUUUGUUGGUACUUGUGCCUUCGCAUGCAUUUUACUGCGGUCGUAGUCACGAUGCUUGUUCUGUUGCCUGCUGAAUUGUUCUAAACAUAAAGAGGUAAACUGUUUUCAUAUGUUAGUGUCCCUGCUAUCUUCUAUGUGCACACCACUGAGCUAUUGGGAGGAGGAAGAUUUCCCUCUGGUCUAAAAGGGUACAUGGGUCUCCAUGGUGACCAACAUGUAGCCUCCACAGUCCCCUAACCCACACCCCCCCCCACCCCUCCCCACCCGCCAUGACAAUGGAAGGCCUACUGGCCGAUCAUGCAGUACAAUACUGAGAUGUAUAUUGUUACAUUUGCCCCAAAGAUCUGGGGUUCUGGUUUUUAAACAGUGUACAAAAUAUCCAUUCUUCCCAACCAUUCAGAAAAUGGUUAGUUAACGCGCCGAGCUUGUAAUACGCUCGAGUGUUCAAAGUACAAAGACCAGAGUAGGCACAUUUUAAUGUAUAUUUUAAUGUAUUUGGAGGAGAGUUUUGGAGUUUAUUUGGUGUUAAGGAGAGAAAAACUGAACCAUGGAAUGAGAUGUAAAGGUGAGGUCUGAAAUGAAAUGAAAUGUUCUAGACCCGGUUCUUGGUUUUUACGAGGUCGAGGCGCUGCUUGAGGAUCCGUGAAGCCUUUUUCGUUCGGGUGAUGGAAACUAAGACGGCCAAGUGAGCCUGGUCUGUGAUUUUUAGAUCAGUACUACUUUGCCAAGACGUGUGAUUAAAUAUGGUCCUGGAUCUGUUCAUAUAAAGAAACUGCCACAACUGUCAGUGUAUGUGUAUGUUCUCCACGGACGGAGAAUCUUUGUAGACUCAUCUCCCUUAUUUUGCUAAUAAAAACCAUUUACAAACCA